UUCACUCAGUUCACACGGAAUCACUGUCAAGUGCAAUCUGCAGCAGUAGCAGCACCAGGAACAGCACCACCACCAGGAACAGUACCAUCUAGUACAUCGGAAAGCUAGAGCGCUAGCCAAGACAUCUACAGUAUAAACCGCAGACGAGAGCCAAUAAAAUGCUGGCCAGCGAGAACUUUCCCACACAUCACUUCAAGGAAUCUAUAUUUAAGCCGUACAGUACGACGAGUGGCGAUGAUUUGGCAAGCGUUACCCCAUUGACAGCGACGGCAGCGUUGGUGGCGUCCACGCCGUCACCGGCUGAUUCCACCUCCGCAGUUGCAUUCGAGCAGGCCAGCAAAAUGUUGGCCACCGCCGCCAACAAUAAUAAUAAUAAUAAUAAUAACAAUAUCACGAGCACCAAGGAUGAUCUAUCCAGCUUUGUGGCCAGCCAUCCGGCGGCGGAGUUUGAGGGCUUCAUCCGCGCCUGCGUGGACGAGAUCAUCAAGCUGGCCGUCUUCCAGGGCACCAAUCGCUCCUCGAAGGUCGUCGAGUGGCACGAGCCAGCGGAGCUGCGUCAGCUCUUCGACUUCCAGCUGCGGGAGCAGGGCGAAUCGCAGGACAAGCUGCGCGAGCUGCUGCGGGAAACGAUUCGAUUCUCCGUGAAGACGGGACAUCCGUACUUCAUCAAUCAGUUGUACUCGGGUGUGGAUCCAUACGCUCUCGUGGGUCAAUGGCUCACCGAUGCCCUCAAUCCCAGCGUGUACACGUACGAGGUGGCUCCACUCUUCACACUGAUGGAGGAGCAGGUGCUGGCCGAGAUGCGACGCAUUGUGGGCUUCCCCAAUGGCGGCCAGGGUGAUGGCAUCUUCUGUCCCGGCGGCUCGAUAGCCAACGGUUAUGCAAUCAGCUGCGCCCGCUACAGACACUCGCCCGAGUCCAAGAAAAACGGACUCUUCAACGCCAAACCGCUGAUUAUCUUCACCUCGGAGGACGCUCACUACUCCGUGGAGAAGCUGGCCAUGUUCAUGGGCUUCGGCAGCGAGCAUGUGCGCAAGAUAGCCACCAACGAGGUGGGCAAGAUGCGGCUGAGUGACCUGGAGGAGCAGGUUAAGCAGUGCCUGGAGAACGGCUGGCAGCCGCUGAUGGUCUCGGCCACAGCGGGCACCACUGUGCUGGGCGCCUUCGAUGAUCUGGCUGGGAUCUCGGAGCUGUGCAAGAAGUACAACAUGUGGAUGCACGUGGAUGCGGCUUGGGGUGGCGGUGCGCUCAUGUCCAAGAAGUAUCGUCAUCUGCUCAAUGGCAUCGAACGGGCUGAUUCGGUCACUUGGAAUCCUCACAAGCUGCUGGCUGCCUCCCAGCAGUGCUCAACCUUCCUGACGCGCCACCAGCAGGUGCUGGCCCAGUGCCACUCGACCAAUGCGACGUACUUGUUCCAGAAGGACAAGUUCUAUGACACAUCCUUCGACACCGGCGACAAGCACAUCCAGUGCGGCCGUCGAGCGGAUGUCUUCAAGUUCUGGUUCAUGUGGAAGGCCAAGGGCACCCAGGGUCUGGAGGCGCAUGUCGAGAAGGUCUUCCGCAUGGCCGAGUUCUUCACGGCCAAGGUGAGGGAGCGUCCUGGAUUCGAGCUGGUCCUCGAGAGCCCCGAGUGCACCAACAUUAGCUUCUGGUAUGUGCCGCCCGGUCUGCGGGAAAUGGAGCGCAAUCGCGAGUUCUACGACCGGCUGCACAAGGUGGCGCCGAAGGUCAAGGAGGGCAUGAUCAAGAAGGGCUCCAUGAUGAUCACGUACCAGCCGCUGCGCCAGCUUCCCAACUUCUUCCGCCUGGUGCUGCAGAACUCCUGCCUGGAGGAGUCGGACAUGGUCUACUUUCUGGACGAGAUCGAAUCGCUGGCCCAAAACUUGUGAACGGUGACGGCGAUAGCAUGUUAUGAGGUUAGGUGUUGACAACAUUCUCUUUAGGCUUACGCCGAUUGUAUCUUCUAGUGUAUGGUUAACUACUACUACUCACGUUUGUAUAUUCUUCUGGAUGUUAAGUAUUACCGAAAACAAAGAACAAAAAUACAUAUUUAUAGGUCAUUUCAUUUA